GAUUGUUAUCAUCAUCGUCAGUCACUUUAAAACCGUUUCCAGGUUAGCCCUUGUGUUUAUCAAACUAUAGUGGACUUUGAAUGGCAGAUUUGUUUACGCAUGACGGCCGGCGUUGCACACAAAACAGUGGGGGUAAACGAGAGGAGGAGGCUGCGGAAACAUGCUCGACCCCCCUCCGUGGCAUUGGUUCUCUGCUCGGAUAUUCCAGGGAAUCACAAGAGACUAUUGGCGAGAACGCUCCUCGCAUCUACAAAUGGCAUCGAUAGCAGCGGCGACGCACGAGUCGAGCUCUGCGCUCGCUGAUGCUUUACUCCCGGCGAGCAUAUUCGCACCAGACCGUGGAGGAUGCGCGGACGACCCUGGGGACGAGUUCUACGAGGACGGGGACGUGGUCAACGGAGAGUCCGAGGACCGGAGGAUUGACUUUACAAGCAAGUUGGCCCUUGUCAGUCCAAAUGGAGAGCAGUAUGACUCCUUACUUAGCCAGCUAAAGGACAGGAUGGAAGAAGGGUCCGGAGAGACCAUCUAUGUGGUUGGGAUGGGUUCAGAUGGUGGCGAUUGGGGUCUCAAUGAAAAGGACAUGGAGGCUUCAGAGGCCACGGUGCGAUCCAUGUGUGCACAACUGGACUCUGAUCUGAUCCCGCUAAGGGAACGCACUGAAGCGGAGGGCUUGGUACGGGAUUAUCUGAUCCGUCGGCGUGUGGGGGAGCUGGACUUCCUGGAGGUCAGGGUGGCAGUGGUAGGGAACGUGGAUGCUGGUAAGAGUACUCUUUUAGGAGUGUUAACACAUGGAGAGCUGGAUAAUGGCAGAGGCUUCGCUCGCCAGAAACUUUUCAGACACAAGCAUGAGAUGGAGAGCGGCAGGACCAGCAGUGUGGGAAACGAUAUACUCGGAUUUGACCAAGCGGGACAGGUGGUGAACAAACCGGACAGCCAUGGAGGAAGUCUGGAUUGGACCAAAAUUUGUGAGAACUCCUCAAAGGUUAUCACCUUCAUCGAUCUGGCCGGCCAUGAGAAAUACCUCAAGACCACCGUGUUUGGAAUGACGGGACAUUUACCAGACUUUUGCAUGCUCAUGGUCGGCAGUAAUGCAGGGAUUGUGGGCAUGACCAAAGAGCACCUGGGUCUGGCCCUAGCCCUUAACGUUCCCGUCUUUGUUGUGGUGACAAAAAUAGACAUGUGUCCAGCUAACAUCCUGCAAGAAACAUUAAAGUUGCUUCAGAGGUUACUGAAGUCCCCUGGUUGCAGGAAAAUCCCUGUCCUGGUGCAGAACAAGGACGACGUCAUUGUCACGGCAUCCAACUUCAGCUCUGAGAGGAUGUGUCCCAUUUUUCAAAUCUCAAACGUGACUGGAGAGAACAUGGACCUGCUCAAGAUGUUCCUCAACCUGCUCUCAUCCCGGACCUGCUACAGAGACGACCAGCCAGCUGAGUUUCAGAUUGACGACACCUACUCUGUACCGGGAGUUGGAACAGUAGUAUCUGGAACUACGUUACGUGGACUAAUUCGUCUGAAUGAUACUAUGCUCCUGGGGCCAGACCCUUUGGGCAGCUUCAUUCCCAUUGCUGUAAAAUCAAUUCACCGCAAGCGAAUGCCUGUGAAGGAAGUCCGAGGGGGUCAGACUGCCUCGUUUGCACUUAAAAAGAUCAAGCGUUCGACGAUAAGGAAAGGCAUGGUGAUGGUGUCCUCAAGGUUGAACCCACAAGCCACUUGGGAGUUUGAGGCAGAGAUUCUUGUUCUACAUCACCCCACUACGAUAUCACCCCGAUACCAGGCUAUGGUCCACUGUGGCAGCAUAAGGCAGACUGCCACCAUCUUGUCCAUGAACAGAGACUGCUUACGGACAGGAGACAAGGCCUCUGUCCACUUCCGCUUUAUUAAGACCCCCGAGUACCUUCACCGUGACCAGAGGCUGGUGUUCAGGGAGGGACGCACAAAGGCUGUAGGGACCAUCACAAAGCUCCUGCAGUCCACCAAUAAUUUGCCAUCAAACUCCAAACCUCCACAGAUAAAAAUGCAAUCCACGAAAAAGACACAGUCUCGAAAAGAGGACGGCACCACAGCAACCGGCGAUGAGGGCAUGACGAUAUCACAGUCAUCGGGCCCAAGCACGACACAUGGAGAGGGGGAGGAGGACCCUCAGUUAAAGGAGGGCAACAAAGAGAACAAGCCAAAGACGGGAGGAGGUGGAAGAAGAAGAGGAGGCCAGCGACACAAAGGGAAAGGACAGAACAACUCUGCAGCAGUAGCCUCCACUUCAGGAACAGGAUGCUGAACUGACUCCCUCUUUGCUUACCUCCCUCUCCAUCAAUCAUUCCAGCUAUUUUAGUGCAAAACACUCCUCAGUCUUACUCCUCAUUGCCUUUUAUACCAGGAUUUUAUUAUCAAGAGAACAUGAAGAUUGGAUUUUAUGUCAAUAAAUCUGCCAUCACUGUUGAGAAUGGUUUACAUGACACAGUCGAGAAUAGUUUGUCACAAUCAUUAUUUUUAUUUAUAAUUUUUUUUUUAUAAAGUGGCUUAAUGAUAGGAAGGGGGGGGGGGGUAAAACCCAAAUCAAGGGUCCAAGAAAUACGAGCAGCUAAAAGUGACACUUGCCCAUGCAUUUCCUGUGAAUUUGCAAUGAAAAGAAUAUUUCGUGUACUAUUUAUACUUGUUCGCACCCUGUUUGAAAAUAUAAAUAUACAACUGAAUGUAGCAGGGAACACAUCCUGUUAAUCCUAGAUGUAUGGAAACUAAUACUAGCCGUUAAGUUUUAUAAUUGUCAAUUUAUUUGGCAUUCAUGCAAAAUUUUACCCUUGGAUACUUGUUCUUAACUUUUAACCUUGUAUCACUUGUGAUCUUCUACCCACUAGUGUGCUACAACAUGGCUCCACCCUACAGUAAUCUUGUCUCCCCAGCAGUCACUCAUGAUUCUAAGACAUGCAGUGCUAAUUGUGAACUCUAGUACCUAUUGUGUUACAGCUUGCUACUGUUAACGUGACAUUUGCUCAGCUAAAAACUCAAUAAACUGGUUGUACCAAGCUGCACAA